CGACAGUCUAGCAGGCUUUGUAGUAGUAUGGUUGCGUAUCUUAUAGUUAAUUUACUCGUUAAGUGAAUUAUUGGAAUUUUGACUAAGGUUACGUUGUGUCCCAGCUUACUUUCUUUUAUGCAUGUAUUUAUUUGCUAGCAAGCUCGUCAUCUGAGUGUGGUUUAGUUGACAGGGCUGACAACAACAGAUCCUCCCGCAGCAGCGUGCCAUUGUAGCCACGUUGUCUCCCUUUAUCGUCAAAGUGGAAGCUCAUUUAAGCUUCUUCAAAGUUGUGCUUUGUUCAGCUUGCUCGUACUUUUGCAACGAGGACGCUAGGGUCAGUUAUUGAUAUGCAUUGCGUUCACCUGAGGUGUUUUGUGGUCUUCAGGUGCUCCUAAAAACACCACACAAACACAGCAACCAGGGGAAAGGAUGGAAGUUAGGAGGUAGCCCCCAAUUGUUUCUAUACCAGAAUGGGGAUGAGGAUGUCUGUCCAGGAGGACAGUUGUACCGGCAGGACUGUUUGAACAGGAGUUUAUUUAUUCCCACCAAAGCUUCACCUUAUGUAAGACUACAUGAGGAUACUUGGUAACAAGGUUCUUUGGAAACUAGACCACUCUUCUUGGAGGACAAUGAUGCUCAAGACACUUCUGGUGACCAGUUUUCUUGGCUGGGUGAGAUGUCAGGAGAGCCAGAGCAUGACUCCCGGGGAGAAGACUGUUAUCAGGAACCAAAUUAUUGAAAUGUUUGACCAUGCUUAUGGAAGUUACAUGAAAUAUGCCUAUCCAGCGGACGAGCUGAUGCCUCUGAGCUGUAGAGGGAGGGUCCGUGGACAAGAGCCUAACAGAGGGGACAUAGACGACUCCUUAGGGAAGUUCUCUCUUACUCUGAUUGAUACCCUGGAUACCCUGGUAGUGUUAAACAAGCAUGAUGAGUUUGAGGAUGCCGUGAAAAAGGUUGUAAAAGACGUACGCUUGGAUAAUGAUGUGGUGGUUUCAGUGUUUGAAACAAACAUCAGAGUUUUGGGUGGACUUCUGGGUGGCCACAUUAUGGCUGACAUGCUACGGCAGCGCGGGGAGAGGCUGCUGUGGUAUCGCGAUGAGCUUUUACACAUGGCGAUAGAUCUGGGCCAUCGAUUGCUUCCUGCCUUCAACACCACAAGUGGCCUUCCCUAUCCUAAGGUGAAUCUUCGAUAUGGGAUCCAAAACCCACUUUCACGAACAGGCACUGAAUCAGACACCUGUACAGCAUGUGCAGGAACAAUGAUCCUGGAAUUUGCCGCCCUCAGCAGACUCUCAGGAGAGUCUGUGUUUGAGGAACAUGCAAGGAAGGCUCUGGAUGUCCUCUGGGAGAGGAGACAGAAAGGAAGUGACUUGGUGGGGACUGUCAUCAAUAUCCACAAUGCUGAAUGGGUCCGGAGAGAAAGUGGAGUUGGUGCUGGAAUUGAUUCUUACUAUGAAUAUCUGAUGAAAGCCUACAUUCUUCUCGGAGACAAUGUUUUUCUGGAAAGAUUCAACAUUCACUACAGUGCCAUUAUGAAGUACAUCAGUCAACCUCCUCUGCUGCUCAACGUACACAUGCACAAUCCCACUGUGAGCGUGCGGAGCUGGAUGGACUCUCUGCUGGCAUUCUUCCCUGGAUUACAGGUUUUGAGAGGAGAUUUGAAACCAGCGAUUGAAACUCACGAGAUGCUUUACCAAGUCACCAAACAGCACAAGUUCCUUCCAGAGGCUUUCACUACAGAGUUCAGGGUUCACUGGGGCCAACACCUAUUGAGACCAGAGUUUGCAGAAAGCACCUAUUACCUCUACAAGGCCACUGGUGACCCAUACUACCUCAGAGUGGGACAGUCCAUAGUGGAAAAGCUAAAUGCCUAUGCCAGGGUGCCUUGUGGGUUUGCUGCUGUGCAGGACGUCCGCACUGGGACUCAUGAAGACAGGAUGGACUCGUUUUUUCUGGCAGAGAUGUUUAAAUACCUUUACUUGCUGUUUUCGGAGAAGAACCAUCUGUCAAUCGAUAUUGAUGACUACAUCUUCACCACAGAAGCUCACCUGUUGCCUGUUUCCCUCUCCACCACUCGAGUUCCCUGUCAGGGCAAUUAUACGCGGCCUGUUAAUGUGUCUCCAGAAGAAGACCUGUUUACGCAUUCCUGUCCCAGCACAGAGACAUUGUUCCCCAACAACCCCUCAUAUGCCAAAACUAUCAGGGACAGCUAUAAGUACCUCACUGGGGUGGGACGAGCCUUUCAGCCUCUACCCCUCAGAGAAAUUGAACUACCAUUUCAUGAUAAUGGCAUGGAACCGGUGGAGUUCCUAAAAAGCAUGGGCAUCUCUCUGACUUCAGUAAAUGAUGUCCCUUUAGGAGGUAUCAGAAGGCAGAAGGAUCAUAAAGGAGUGUACCGGGUAAAGCUUGUAGCAGAGGUAAGGCAGACGUCAGAGGAGGAGGUGGUGGUGCCCCAUGUUGUUCAGCUCAUAUCGCCCCCGUUCCUUGGGAGGACGGCGUUAACAGCAGGACCUGCCAAAUUUGGGAUGGACCUCACCAAACAAGAACAUGGGGUUAAAGGCACCAUUGCGAAGGCUUCCCCCUAUACUGCAUGUGGGCCUGUAAAUAAUGCAGAGGAACUUGAGGGCCGCAUCGUCCUGGCACUACGUGGGGAUUGUAUGUUCGGUGCAAAGGCUCAUUGGCUCCAACAAGCAGGAGCCAUAGGAGUCAUUUUUAUAGACCAUCUUGAGGGAAGUAACAGUGAGGAAACCCCCCUUUUCCAGAUGGUUGGAGAUGGCGACUCCACUGACGACAUCACCUUGCCUUUAGUCUUCCUGUUCCACCGGGAGGGUGCUGUGCUCACAGCUGCCCUGGAGGAACAUCACAAUGUAGAUGUAUUGUUGCUGCCAAAGGAGAGGCAACUUGGGCACGAUAAAGAAAAACCCAUGAGCAUGAACAUAAAGCUCCGUGUAACAGAGGAGGGGGACCUGGUAGAUGCUAUAGGAUCUGCCCUUGAAUUUGUCUUGAGGAAUGAAGAGGUGCUUUUUAAAGAAGAGGGGGAAGAAGAGUUCGAUGGAAAACAAUCCCAGCAGCAGCAGGUCUGCCCACAUCCAAUAGACGAUGAUAGAACUGAACCAUGUUCAACAGACUCAUUUCAUACCACAAACUCUAAGCUUGAACCAGAGACGAUUCCUUGACCACUCCGAGUCCUGAAGCAGCCGUUUGUCCUAACACUGGUUCCCUGGAAGUUUCUGAGUGGCACGUGCCUCGGAUCUCCCUCACUGCCCUACAACACAUGAAAGCCUAAACUGCCUGCAUGUUUACAACUGAGGGAAGAGAGUCCAGGAGCAGCACAGCCUUGCUCACAACUAGUCACGAGUUAGGCCUGACGGUGGCUCCAUGUUCAUGAGAAACUGGAGGUUCUGUUCUAUGUGAAACCAAACUAGGUAGUCAAAGGCCAAAACUGUAGGCUAAGAAGGAUAAGAUGCUGCUACUUAAAUUUAAAUGUGGCUUGUAACAGUUAACAACACUACAGGCCAAGUUUAAAUUUACCAAUGCACUGUGCUGCAUUUUGUAUGCAGUGCAAUUUAUUCUUCAUCAACAGUAGAUUGCACCUAUAACUUCAAGUACUGUUUUGAAUAUUAAGAAAUGAACUAACUGGCCAGUAGGUGGUGUUAACUACCCUGACUUCUCAGUUACAUGAUGUUGGUAGAAGAAGAGGGAAGAAUGUGACUAGUUUGAAACGUUGAUUUUAUUUUAAAUUAGUACGCAACUUCAGGGAAUUUUAAGAAUGAAUACAAUUUGCAAAUCUGACCUAUUUGAAGAUAGGAUUUUUUGUGUGCGUGUGUGUGUGUGUGCGUGUGCACUUGUUUUGCAUUUUCUGUUUGCUGUAAUCUGCACAUGUUGGCUUGUGUACAAGGUCUGUAAUAAGUGUAAAACCUAACAAUGCAUUUCAAUUAAAAAUGUAAGUGUUUUUAGAUAAACCCUGUCAUGUAAGAAAUGGGGGAGAAAAGAGGAUCAACCAAUCAGUUCUCUGAAAUGCAGUUCGACCUUCACAAAUAACAGGGUACUCAUCUGCAAUUACUCAUAUCUUGAAGAUUAGGCUGUGGAACAAGGAGAAUCAAAGCUUUUUCCUGACACCAACUAUCUUGAGCUUGGUUUUAUUCCAUGCGCAACCCAUCAGAUUAUUCUGAUGGCUGCAGAAACUUUGUAAUUCUUGUGGCUGUAAUUGUAAUUGUAACACUCUGUAAUGUUCAGUCCCCAUAGGUUUUCUGGUGUACACCCAGACUUUUGGUCCCAAAUGUGCUAACAAAUUGGAAAGGCCUGUUCCCACAGUCAUUUUUAAAUAUGUCCUGAAUGUGUUUGAUUCCCAUUUGUUAAGACUUGACUGAAUUGGUUACUAGUUUCUCUUUCACACUGUGCACAGGUUAAAACUGGCUUUAGUAACUGUAAUUACUUUUUGUAGAAAUUCAAAACAAGGUUUUAUUACUUCAUCAGUUGUUUCUAAUUCACUCUUUAUUCCUUCUAAUAAUGGGUUGGCUUUUUUCUUUUAAAUGUAUUUUUUUUUAUUCAGAAUUUUUAUUAACUACAGUAUGCGGAACAGAAAUGAACGAGUGUGAAAGGAACUCGUGUCAAUGCUCGUUUGUAAAAUAGACUUUUCUUGAUGCUGCUAAUCUAUUUUAAGUCUUAAUCCAUAAUAUUUUAUCUUUUGUAGGCCUUUUAAUUAGGCAUUGGCAACCUUUAUACCUCGGGACUGAGUACAUUGAUGUUCAUGCUCAGAAAAGGUCCAUGUAAACUAAGAUACUUUUUAAACUAAGAUUCUUUUUAAUAUGUUUAUGCUAUUUAUUAAUUAUUUCAGCUGUACUCUGAUGUUGUUAGUGGCUACAGGUCAAAAAGUGCCAAAAUGGAUGUGUGACAUCUUCAUUUGGGAUAUGAGUAGAGGCAGUAUUGUCAAUAAAUUCAAAAUCAUGGCUUUCACCUUUUAUUUUGUUACUGUAUUUAAAGUUUUGCAAUGAUUUUUUUUUUUUUUAGUCAACAGUGCUGUGUCUGCCAAGACAACUUUCUAUUUUAACUAGGUUAUAUUUUAAUAGCAUCUGAAAAGCUAUGCUGAUAUAUAUUUAAUUAUCCUUUGUCAUCAGCCAUAUUCAUAUUUUUAAGUUCUUCAAAAGAACAACCUAACCAGUAUGCAGUGCCAAUUUUGGUAUUUCAUUCAAACUUUCUUUCUUUUUUUGUGUAAAAACUGCAGAAGCAGUGAAAUUAUGCAUUUAUUUCCUCUCUUUACACACACUCUUUAGCUGACAUUUUCAGGGAAAGUGUGCAAGUUUUUUUUUUUCAGUCCAUUAGAAAGUUACUGUAAUGCUCAUCAUGGCCUUGUCCUAGAAGGAGUCACACUGACUCAUUUUAUCAAAAACAUGAGGCAGACCUUGCACGAUUUUUUGCCAGUUCAGAACAAGUGCAAUGACGAGAGUGAUGACAUUUAUGAUGACUUAAAUGAAUGGCAAUGGCGAAGCUUAGAGAAAUGACAAAACCAGCCCACAAAUUUGAAUUGACUAAUAAAACCAUACACCAAGUGAAAACCAGAAACCAACUGUUCUAGACAAAUGCUUCUGUGUUAAUAUUCUACUUACACCAAAGCAUAUCUGUCACAGGGACAAAGCCAGGAGGUUAAUGUUUUGAGGAUAUUACUUUGACUUCUAUAGAUUUUUCCCCCCCAGUUUUUAUUUGUACAGUGGGCUACUUUUUUCAUGGAUGGUUUACAGUGUGGUGUUCUAUAAUUUUCACUGUAAUGUAAAUAAACACAUUUUCUGGUGAUUUUAGAUUGAAAAGUGCUCCCAGAGAUAAUAUUGCUAUGGUGAAUGAACAGGAAAAUGG